UGCUGACUGUGAAGUUCAUUUCAUCCUGUCGCGACCAGCGAUUCACAACAACCACUCGUGCACACCACCACCAGCACCAUGGCCAGCCACCCUUGGACGCGAGCGGCUAAGAUGUCUGCGUCGCUUGCACGGCGCAAGUUCAAGCCCCCAAUCGUUCCUUUGGAGAACUGGGACAUUGUCAGCGGCGACCUCGUUGAGGUUGUUGCUGGGAUGAAGGACAUUGGAAAGCGCGGCCGCGUGAAGGAAGUCAUUCGCAAGAAGAACCUCCUUGUCGUGGAGGGCGUGAACAUGCGGACGCGCCGCAUCCCGCCAUCGGAGGAAAACCCAGACGGCGGCUUUGCGUCCAUGGCCGUGCCCAUGCCAUACACAAACGUCUCCCUCAUCGACCCCACAGACAACAAACCAUGCGACGUGGAUUACCAAGUCGGCGACGAUGGCAAGCGGGCGCGCGUAUCAACACGGACCAACACUGCGAUUCCCAAGCCCGUGUGGAAGAGGCGAGACUUUGCUACCCGCUCAGAAUACAACGAGUCGCCGCUGGACACGAAGGCGGAUGUUGUUGCGGCGGUGACGUACAAGGCGACAGUGCUGUCGUUUGAGGAGGAUGUGCUGCGCUCCCUCGGGCAGCUCAACACCGACACCGACACCAACACCAGCACCAGCACGACGGACAGCGAUGCGAAGCAGUAGUGCCCAGGGAGGUGGGCGGCUAGGGAACCUCUUGUACCAUAUGCUUUUGGUGUUGCUGUUGUUGUAGUUGUUGUUGUUGUAGUAGUAGUAGUUGUUGUUGCUGUUGUUGUUGUUGUUGUUGUUGUUGUUGUGCGUGUGGUGUUGAUGCUUUCGUGUUUCAUUUGUGGUCGAAUACAGCUUUUAAUACACUUCGCCAGC